AUGGCUACCAACGGAAACUUUGCCCACCAGGACCAGUACAAGGCUCCCGCCGACCAGUACACUGCCGCCCCUGCCAGCAUCGACCCUGCCAGCUCUUCGGGUGCUAGCAACGACUUGUCCAAGGAUGAGGUUGGCUGGUACUUUGUCGAGCAGUACUACACCACCCUGAGCAAGUCUCCCGAGAAGCUCCACCUCUUCUACGGCAAGCGUUCUCAAUUUGUCAGCGGAAUCGAAGCCGAGGUCACCAACGUCUCUGUCGGUCGCCAGGCCAUCCAGGAGCGCAUCAAGAAGCUCGACUUCCAGGACUGCAAGGUUCGCAUCUCCAACGUCGACUCGCAGGCUUCCUUCGAGGGUAUCGUCAUCCAGGUCAUCGGUGAGAUCUCCAGCAAGACCGGUGAGCCCAAGAAGUUCGUCCAGACCUUUGUUCUGGCCCAGCAGCCGUCGGGCUACUUUGUCCUCAACGACAUCCUGCGCUACAUUGACGAGGACGGCGACGAGAACGCCGAGGAGGCUGCGGGCGAGGCCGUCGCCGACAAGGCCGAAGAUGCCCCUGCCCCUGCCGCCGCCGAGACGGAGGCUGCCGCCGAUGCCCCCAAGGAGGAGUCUGCGGACCUAAAGGCCGACGCCGUCGACGAGAAGCUCGAGGAGGUUGCCCACGAGGGCCAGGUCAAUGGCGACGCUGCCGCUCCCACUGCCGCUCCCGCUGCCGACGAGCCCGCCCGGGAGGCCGACGCUCCCGCCGAUGCGGAUUCCGUUGCCGUUGCCGAGCAGGUGGCCGAGGAGACGACCAAGGAGGCCGAGGAGCCCAAGGAGCCCACCCACACCCCGGCCGUCAAGGCCGAGCCCCAGCUGGUCGAGGAGGCUCCGGCCGCCCCUGAGCCGGCCGCCCCCUCCAGGCCCAUGACCUGGGCCAGCCGUGCUGCUGCUGCUGCCGGUCCUCGCCCGGUUGUCCCCCUGCCCAAGACGGCCACCCCUCCUGCGCAGGCCCAGGCCAGCCGCGCCCCUCCUCAGGCUGCCGCCCAGGCCGCCGCCCCUGCGGCCCCCGCCGCCGAGGCUGCGCCCACGGCAGCCGCAGCUGCUGCUACCACUGAGGCCCCUGCCAAGGAAGCCUCUGGCUGGCAGACGGCCGGUUCCGAGGCGAAGCGCCAGAACCGGCCCCAGUCUAUCUCUGCUGCCCCGGAGAAGGAGGGUACGCUCGGAUACGUCAAGUACGUGACGGACAAGGUCCAGGAGGCCGACCUGAAGAAGGCGCUCGAGGCCCACGGCGAGCUGGCGUACUUUGACAUCAACCGCGACAAGAACUGCGCCUUUGUCGAGUACAAGACGACCGAGGGUUACCAGGGUGCCCUGAACUCGAACCCUCACAUUGUCAACGGCGAGCAGAUCAUCGUCGAGCAGCGCCGUCCCAAGACAAACGCAUACGGCGGAAACAGCUACGGACGUGGCGGCGGUGCUCAGCGUGGCCGUGGCGGCUUCAACGGUAACCGCGGCGGGGGCCAGGGCCCGAGGGGUAACUUUUCUGGACAGGGUCGUGGCCGCGGCGGCGCCCCGCGCGGCCGUGGUGGUGCCCAGGCCACCAACGCUUAA